CUUAAAAAUAUUUCCUUAGCCGUCUUGCAUCUGUUAAAUAAUUAAACUUUUGAAAUAUUUUGCCAACCACUAGCAUUAAGUACUAAGUCACAUGAAAACAUGCUUUUAAGGCAAGUUAUUUCAGCUAGUAAUGCAAUAGAAGAGAUCUAUAUAGUUAAACGGGAAGAUGACAGCGACGAGGAUCACCCACCGGUUGGAAAUCUUCUUCCGGAAAAUGGUGCUGUGUCGGUUUCAAUGGUUGCUCCUAUAAUUAGAACGAAUGUGCAAACGAUACCAGUGGAAAUUAAAAGUGAACCGGAAGAUGAGCAAUGUAAUGAUACCGAUAUUUCUGUUACGACGAUCGCGAACGUUUUGCAAAUUCCAUCGGAUGAAAUUAAUAAAAAUGUAAUAGGCAAUAGUAAUAUCCAGUCUGUUGAGCCUUCAUUGAAAAGCGAGGAUGAAGAUGAAGUUCCAUUGGCCGCCCGAAUCAGAGCCAGAAAGCGGAAAUCCAAUAAGAUUGACAUAAAAAUACAUAAGAAUACUAGCAGAAAUAGCAUGGAUUCAGAUGAUAGUAAUGGUUUAGUAGACGAUUGGAGAUUUAGUGAAUCAAACAACACAAAUCAUCCGGAACCAAAAUGUAAUAUUUGCAUUCUUAAAUUGCCAACAAGAACCAUUUUAAAACGUCACUUGCAGAAAAAUCAUGCCAGCAUGCUUCCAUUUCGCUGUGUCCAAUGUGCCUCUAGUGAAGCCAAAAGCCUUUGUUCAUUGAACCGACACUUUGGAAUGCAUGACUUAACUAAACCCCAUAAGUGUUAUUACUGCGAAGCGCGUUUUUCGUUGAGAAUUUAUAGAACGGCUCAUCAAAGACGCUUCCAUAAGGUUGAUUUAGAAAACGAUACCGUCAGAAAUGCAAAUCGUCGAUUUAUUUGUCGUUAUUGCAAUAAGCGAUUUGCUGCUAAAUUUAAUCUUGAACGCCAUGAGCGAAAUCACGAAAGAAAAAUUACCAGCGAUGAGUCGUUUUUAAAUAGAAGGAAUAAGUGUUUCUUAUGUGAUUCCAAACCGUGUGACUCGAAAGAAGCUCUCAAUGCUCAUUUAAGUAUUCAUGUCGAUAAAGUACCCUAUUCGUGUGAACAGUGUAAAGAUUCGUCAGUUAUCACGUCCGUCCGUCUAUUAAAUAAGCAUUUGGCUUCUCACGAGGAGCCCGAAAAGCCUAUCAAAUGUGUAUAUUGUAAUGAAAGAUUCAUCUCAGUAGGAGCUUGCCAAGCUCACGAACGGACCCAUACUCAGGAAAAACAGGCGGACGAGGAAGCUGUUGCAAAAAUCGAAAGUGAGCGUAUUUCAACGAAGAUAAUAAUAGUAGAUGGCAUGAAACGAUACGAAUGUGGUUAUUGUGGAAAUUCGUACUCUUUGUUAAGCACGCUUCGGAGGCAUGAAAAUAUUCACACAGGAAAGAUCCAAUACAUCUGCAAGGUUUGCGGUAAAAUUUUUAGUAAAUCAUCAUGUUUACUACAACACGAAAGAACGCAUCUGCAGAAUGCGCCAUACAAAUGUGAAAUUUGCGGUCGUGGAUUUAAAGAAACAAUAAGGCUUAUUGAGCACCGUCGAAUUCACAGUGGAGAACGUCCGUUCGCGUGCGAAUUUUGUUUCCAAAGCUUUCGAAUUAAACCUCUGCUGAAGGAACAUAUCAUGCAAUGCAAUCCGCCAAAGAUCAAUGUGGAGUGCAAAUGUCGGUUUUGUGUAGUUGUUUUUGACAAGUAUUGUGAUUUACAAGAUCAUGUCCUCAGCGAACAUUCUGCCGUUAUCGAAGAGACACAGUGUGAUUUCUGUGAUUUGCGAUUUAAGAGUGCCAUGCAAUUGGUAGAACAUGAAUACAACCAUCGGAAUCCUAAUUCAAUAAAGUGUGACAUUUGUGGAAGAAUAUUUAAACAGCUUUCUAAUCUACGACGCCACCAGCGUCUACACAGUAAUGACGCAAUUCCUUUUCAGUGCGAUUUAUGUGGGAAAAGUUUUUCGCAAAGUGGAGCCCUUAAAGUACACAAACGCAUUCAUUCUGGAGAGAAGCCUUACAAAUGUGAUCUGUGUAAUAAAAACUUUUAUCACAGUUCGACUAUGAACAGACAUAAACGUUCUCACUAUAAAACAAAGAGCAGGUUAUUUUUAUUUGGAGAUCAAGUUAGGCAAUCAAGUAAUCAAAUAGAAAACAAGUCAAUUGUUCCUGAAGUCAUGCCUGUUGCUUUGAUAAACCGAUCUGGACUUGUUGCCGAGGAAGAACUGCAAUUGCCGGAAGCAAAAGAUUUGAUUGACUUAGAUCCAACCGUUAUUCAUGCAUCCGAAGAUUUGAAUUGUUUUUCUCAGUCACAAUCGCUCGCUCGCUCAUCGCACAACCACAUGGUAACUGGCAGUUUUGAGGUAAAUUCUGGGAAAUCCGAGAAUCGGAACGCAGCAACAAAGCAUCAGGAUCGACAUGUAGCGUUGAACGCGAAGCUACUGAUUCCGCAAACAAUAUUACAACAUCAGGAGCAAACGUGUAAAGUCAAAACUCCUAAUUCGGCAACACCUACAAGCCCAACGUUCAACACUAAUAAUUAGAAAAUUAUUCUUUUUAAUUGUCUGGAAUUCAGGAACUUUGUUUACAU